GGAAAGUACAAAUAGGGAUUUACAUAUGAUUACCAGACAAGUAAUUUCCAUUCCUCUAUCCCGACCCCCGUGAUAGUACCCGCUGUUAUUUUAAUUCAGUGAUUCGUGGCUUUGAGGUCGUAAUUUGUUGUCCCUGUUGCUUUUCCUCUCUUUGAAAUACAGACGAAAAUAGUUAGUUUCGAUGUGAGUCUCAUCCCCAAGCUACAUCUUUCUAAAAUAGAACCUGAAGAGCGGAUGUCAUGAAGGGAGAACAAUGAAGUGUCUGCUUGCAUCGAGCGCGCACCCGUCUUCGCAGUCCCAAGUCUGUGUGUAGCACCCGCUGUGCAAUCCGCUUACCACAUUAGGUGACUGCCUUGGAGCGGCACUGCAGGGGCGUCGAUUUCUGGUAUGCCCAACUUCCCGGGGACAAUGAGCGUCGGUGCUUCCGCAUCAUCAAGCAUUGCGACUGCGAACGGCAAUGCCGACAGGAAAGAUGACACGGCAGCUUUUGCCCCACCCGCGCGGACUGACGGCAGCAAUGCUAGGAGCGCCGUUGAGGACACAACUUCGAGUCCAGGGAGUGGGCGGGAGAAUCCUCUGAAGCCUUACCCGCGGGACCGCAACUGCCCGAUGCAGGAAGGUGGAACAUCACACAGUGCCGCUGGUAGUGGCGGAGCUGCCCUGGGCGAUCCACGACAAGCGUGCGACCAAGAUGAGUGGGUCGACAUAACGGACUCAGUGUUUAGAAAAGAAUGCGCCGAUAUGGCAGACGGCCAGAUGCUUUGCGGUACACAAUUCAACCUUUUCGAUGCCAUGUCUGCUAUCGUCUGUCUGGAAUACAAAAUGGACUCUGGCUUUGAAUCCGCUGAGAGCCUGAACACAAUAGAAAAGGCGCGUCGAGCAGGGCUUUACGAAUUGCUGGAUGACAAGAGGAUAUCCGACGUUUGCAAAGUCUUCGACGAGUGUGCGAAACAGUACUUCUUGCAUUUUAGAGCCGAUUUGGAAUCAUAGCACAGUCACAGAAGAUGCCGGUUCUUGUGCUAUGUUUUUCGCAAACUUUGUUUACUCAACAUUCAUGAAAAACAUUUUCCUUUCCAUGACAUGAAGUCACCCUAUGAAUUGAAACCAAGGUAUCUCGUGUGGGCGAGUGGUGGAAGAAUGUUUCAGCAGACCUUGCGGACAUGCGUUUUGCUCUUCGAUGUGGAACCGUUGAAGCGAUCCUAUUUGUUCACAAUGCUGAUGCUCGAAGUCAUACACAGCUGUUUGGCCGUUCGAGGCGUGGUAGUACAAGCAGAGUUGGAGGAUGCUGACGAGAUUCAGCUGAAACAGGAGGAGUCAGCCGUAUUAGACACGCGCGACCUCUUACUCUCAGCGAAGAAAGCCGCAGAAGACGAGCGCUUUGCUGGCGAACGAGACGGCGAUAAGAGUAUACACUACACCUACAACAAGAACUAGUACGAUAAGAUGAGGUUUGGUAUUCUAUUUCUAAUUCAGCAAAAUUACAAGAGCUGGUAUAAUUCGAAGCGUGAGGUUUGGGUUUCUUUCCUCUUGACAGUUUUUUCUACAACUAUCAGAUAUUGCGAAAGCACUCGCGGAUUGUUCGGACGAAGAGAGAAAACUCUACUCGCAGCGUUUGGAGUUUAUACGGACGUAUUGUCAGUUGGUCUCGUUGAAGGUUCAUGGCGGCGUGGAGGAUCGGCCCCAGCCAGACGAAGUUGUACCUCCUGCCGAAGCUGAGGCUGAAGCCGCGGCCGCGGAGGCUGAAGCUUCGACUGCGGCAGGCAAAAAGAAGAGGAAGAGAAAGAAGCCCACAGCAGCUGCAGCGGAUGGCGGUAGCAAGAAGCAGGUAGUCGCAGGACCUUGCCUUGAAGUUAUGACCCAGAGACGUCUCGAGGCGGUGAGGUUGACGAGCCAACUACUACCGCUGAUCGCGGAGUUUACGAAGCAGCUCAAGAUUCCGGAGGAUUCCACGGAUGAGGCGCCACAACCACAAGACGCAGUCAUCCGGAAAGUAUGUCAGAUUGAUUUUAACCGACGUUUGGUCCGCGGAGGCCCACCCCGGGUCCCUCUGGAAACUACGUUUGCCGAGGGUUGGCGCUUAUGGCGGCGGCACAUCGAGGGUAUUCGGUGUGUAUACACGGACUACCACAACGUGCUAGUGGGCGGUCUUCCUGUUGGCGUAGUAGCGGAGGAGGACUUUCGAGAACUGGUUGUGGAGGACGAGGGAACGAUUGAUAGCCCUUCGAAAAAGGAUGCAGAGCCUGUGUGCGCGUCGUCCUCAUCGUCGAGUAACGCUCCCGGGUAUCCAAAAUCCCAAGUUUCCACGAAGCACCAGACGCCGUAUUCGCUGUCACCCUUAGGGCACACGCUAGCACUUUACGCGCGUUUGCAGAACGCUUUGGACGCAUCGGCCGCUAAGGUCCAUGCGGGUCCUUUCGGCGCCUCACCUAUAUCGCAGUCCGCGAAUGCGCAGAAUGCGGACCUUUUGACGCGGUGUUUAGCCUGUCUGUACGCAAUGGCGCGCACCGACUACUGGCACUGGGGGUGUCGCGAUCCUACUUUCGGGGUAGAGGUGGUCGACGAACAGGCGUCUCCGAAGUCUGCAGCGUUAACCAAGCCUCCAAAGCAGGGUGAAAAUAGCAGCUCAGCAGGAUCAGAAGCUAACAAGACAUCAACAGAUACGGAUGCAACUGUCGCUCCACAGCCGGUAGGGAUGAGUGUACAAGCGCAGCAAGCCGCCGCACAGAAGGCCAACGACGAUAAGAUUCAGAAACUAUCGGGCGUCGUAGUACGGCCGCUUCGGUCGAUUCUGCACAAUAUCUUGGUCACUGACUACGGUCUGUUUGCAGACUGCCGCAGGCAUUUGAAUCACCCACAUUUCGCAUUAUCAGAUAGUGCGAAGAAGAUACUUGCCUCUGCUCAACGCACAGAAGGUGGAGAUCCGCAGAAAAGUUGGACUAUGGAGGUGCUUUACGAUGAAGCACUCCGAAAACUCGAAGAUAUUUGCAUUUGGGCGAUCCGUAUCCUACACCUGACAGGACCGAGGCGACAUCGCCAGCUCAUACAUCUGUGGAAUGUACUACCACUGCGUUUAAUAUUCCACAAAUACGAGAAAAGGGGACGAACUACAAAUUGAAAUUACAACAGUUUCAUUCAGAAAUAAUUUCCAUACCAUUUUUAUCAGCAUCUAUUUUCAAGAAUUUCACUUCGUCAAAGAUGAAGUUGCGUGUGUGAUGAAAAAUACAUAAUGCUGAAUCAAACCAUAAGACUGGCUGGAUCACUACCAACAUUAACAGGAAAUUGGGCUAUUUGUGGAGAGGUCUGUCCAGCCACUAGACCUUGCGAUUCGCGUCAUGUAUGUGGAGACCUUACGGAUAGCGUCUCCGCUUCGCUGUCUUACGCGCGAGCUGACGUAUGGUUUUGUGCUGCAGCAGCUCUUGGUUGGCUUUUCCCUUGAUAUCUACGACGAUGCCGAUUUGCUACUGAUCAUGUGGGCCGUCGCUUUCGUGCAGAAAAGAAGGCACGAGCAGCGCAUGGAACGAACGCACCUUCUGGCACAACAUGGCAUACUAAACGGACCAGCCACAGGGGAGUCUGAGGCAGCAAACAAUUGCUCAGCUGCACCAUCUACCACAGUUGUAGCCAAAAAAGCAGGAGGGAAGCAGUCUGCAGCAGCCGCAAAUAAGAACAAGCAUAAGCAGGAAAUCCAAGCUGCGAUAGCUGUGAAGGAAAAGCUGGAAAAAGACCCGCUCCACCUGUAUGAAAUGGCAGAAAUGCAGUUUGGAAAAGCCAUGUGCAGACUUCUGUAUUGGAUGGCCCAGAAAAACAUUAUCGAGCGUGAACCCCUCGAGCUUUGCUGGCAACGGUAUUCUCAGACAAUCAUACCUGGAUUCUUCAAUUUCAUCAGUGAUGCUGAAUUAUUACUUUGUUUGCUACCCCGAUGGCCGAUGCCGAUUCAAUGAUAAUUUUUCAUGCAUGUAGGUAGUAGUUACUAAUUGAUCGAUGCGUCUGUCCUAUGAAUUAAUAGAGCAAACUAAACGAAGAUACAAAACGUUGAACGAAACAAGAAAAUGAGACGUCUUCUUACCUACCUAACUCCCUACCUACCUAACCAACAGAUUUGAGUUGCGACUUCGGAUGAUGGAUGCGACUUUUGCAUUCCCCGCUAUCGAGAAUUUGUUUGAUGAGUAUCGGGUUAUGAUUUGGUCUCUAGACCACAAUCCACAUGCAGAUGCCAAUGCUGCUUACCCCGAGAUUAAGGACUUGUUCGAUAACGCGAAACGGUUUAUGGCUGAAGGUAGACAAACUUUGCUUAGGUUUGAUUGUUGGUUUUUUUCGUCUGUCUCGAAAGUUAGUAACACCUUGUAUCCUGCUGUACAGAAGUUUUAUGCCGAUGUUGAUUUUCAAACAUACUUACUAUACUAGUUAGAGAUAAAGCGUUCGAUUUUUGAAAUGAAGUCGUCAAACAAUACAGCGCGCUCGGCAGGACUUCCGGAUAGCUUCGAACCCCUAGAUCGAGUGAUCUUGGCGAAUUCCACCGCAUGUCUGAUGCUCCAGCGACUCGAUACGAAGAGAAAAUACCGCGUCACCUUCACAAAUCCCCACCACACGCGCUACCCGUCCCUGAAACUCGAACAAGUUUAAUGAGAAAUGACUGGUAUUUCAGUGCCUCAGGCAUUUAUCGACUUUGAUUGCACUAACUCGAGGUGCUGUAAUCUUCCCAAUGGUCAUUCUCUAAAUUUUUCAAGGGCCUUUCUGCUGAGUGACUAGCCUUUGAGAGUCUGCCGAGUGAGUAUUUUCCGUCAAAUGUUCGUUCUAGUUCUUCAUUUGAAAUAAUUGAUCGCUUGUGGUAUACCCCUGGAGUGGGUACAUUCAUUCAUCCAUUCACUCACUCAUGUGGAAUGCGAAUGAGAAUAUUGAUCCGGUACUGUUGGUGAUUAUUUCCCCCCCAUUCUUGCGGAGUGCGCGGGAGGACAUCCCAU